AUGCUGGCUCGGCUGGUCGCUCUGGCGAUCACCAUUGUGGAUGGCACGCGGGUGUCUACUCAGGGGAACCUGGCCGCGGCGAAGGAUCAGGAGCAUCCGAUAUCGCAGUUCCUUGAGGAGUAUCUGAAAGGAAACCAAGCUCGGCAGAACGAACGGAUCCUGUCGUUUAUGGCCUCGCUGCAGGAGGAGCAGCUUGCCAAGACGAAGGAGUUCUUGCAGACCUUGCUGCAGGACGAAGAGACGGAGGCGGCAGAGGAGCUCGUCGCCGAGACGAGCGUGCCACCUACUACUACAACCACGACGCCAGACAUUUCUUUGGAAAUGGCCGCCAGGAAGGGCGACGUGGCGGCGCUCGCAGCGUGGCGUCAGGCCGGCUACAAUUUGAGUUCCGUGAUAUCGAACACCUGGGAUGGAAAUACACCGGCGCACUUUGCCGCACGUGGCGGCCAUGUGGAAGCGCUGAAGUUCCUCCAGGAGGCUGGAGCCGACCUGCAGGGGCUGAACCUCAACCAUCGUACCCCGGCCCAUCUGGCCGCAUACGCUGGCAACGCGGACGCGCUGCGCGUCCUCAUUGAGGCUGGUGUCAACCUCAAUGUCAAAGAUAAUGACGGAGAUACACCGGCCGACGACGCAAAGCAUCAUGCAGAGGCACUGAAGCUGAUCCUGGAGGCUGGGGGCAGACGAAGCAAGUAG